CAGAACAGCAGAAACCCCGAGGAUUGUUUUGACAGGUGAAGAGUUCAGCCAUCCAGAAGGAACUCAAGAGUAGAGCCACUACUCCUUCGCAUUGAGAGGAGCCAGUUGAGGUGGUUCUGAAUGGAGGACAGAGACAGGAAAAUUCUCCGUGUGAACAGGUCCAAUCUUGUCACCGAACUGAAGCCAUCAGAACUCUAUGAUGGACUGUUGUCCAGAGGGGUGUUCACGCAGGACAUGAUAGAUGAAAUACAGAGCGCAGGCACCCGACGGGACCAAGCCAGUCAACUGGUUCGGGAUCUGGAGACCCGUGGGAAAUGUGCCUUCCAAGCAUUCCUAGAAUGCCUUCAUGAGGCCGGGCAAGACCAUUUGGCCAACCUCCUGCAUGGUGGCGAGACCCAGCCACAACCCCUCUCUAAUCCUGCUCAGCCUGUCAUUUUACCCCUACCAGUUGACAUACCCAAGGAAAUUAAGUAUGACAGGGGUGACGGUCCUCCUAGACAAGAAGCACCGCAGUAUCCUGACAAGUUAAAUCCCAUACUUGACCAGGGUGCUGAUAAGGACAUUUUAAACCCAAGGCCAGUGAUGAGACCAAGACAUGACAGUCUUCAGAGCUACAAGAUGGAUGCCAAUCCAUGUGGAUUCUGCCUGAUCAUAAACAACGUGGACUUUCACCCUCAUUCUCUGCUGGAAAACCGCAAGGGGUCUGACAUAGAUUGCAAUAAGCUAGAGAGGCGGUUCAAGUCCUUGAAUUUUAUUGUUAUUGUCAAGAAAAACCUGAAGCAAAAGCAAAUAAAGCAUGAGCUGUCAGCCCUGUCAAAGAAAGAUCAUACACCAUAUGACUGUUGUGUAGUGGUCAUCCUUUCUCAUGGUACUGAGGCGAGCAACAGCCGUUUCCCUGGUGCAGUGUAUGGCGUAGACGGGGGACCCGCGGUUUCUGUGGAGCUCAUCACCAACUACUUCAAUGGCCAGCACUGCCCCUCGUUACAGGGCAAACCCAAGCUCUUCUUCAUCCAGGCCUGCGGUGGAGGUGAAAAGGACACAGGGUUCGAAGUGUCCCCCACUGAGAUGAGGCCAUCCAUCGAAGGUGCUGGAGACCAAACAGAUGCCAUUCCUACGUCAUCAAGCAGCGAUUCGCUCAGCACAUCAGAUGAGAUCGAUGCCCGUGUGACAUUGCCCACGCCAAGUGACAUCUUGGUUUCCUACUCCACAUUUCCAGGGUACGUGUCAUGGAGAGGCACACAGACUGGCUCAUGGUACAUUGAAAUCCUGGAUCGGGUCCUGGAGGAAAAUGCUGCCACAGUUGACCUAGUCAACAUGCUAAUGAUGGUCAACGACAAAGUCUCCCAGAAUUCCGCCUUGGGCCUCUACAAACAGAUGCCCGGAUCCUUCAAUUUCCUGCGUAUGCUCCUCUACUUCCGAGUUUUGCCGCAGUGCCACAGCUAGGCUCAGCUCUCCUCUAGGUACAGUCCUCAGGACCUUGGUCACUUUGCGUUUGUCACGUUUCUCUAUAGACGGUUGUUCUACAGCUUGAAAUGCACACUACCUAGUGUAACAUUUUGACAGUUGUUUUGGAAUUUGUUUUUCCUUGUGAUGUUUCCCACAUCGAGAGAGUAUUCUGAAGCUGUAGAAAACUGGAGUGGCAAUGGACUACCUGAGGAAAUCACCAUGUGAUCUGUGGCAGGGAGUUGGGAACAUCAUGAAAUAAACUGGCCCAUGUUCCCUCGAGUGGGCUGUGUUGCUGGGUAGCUCGUCCUCUAAAUGUUACACCAAAUAAAUACUGUUCAUGGAAUAUCUAUAGUACUGAAAACAUAACAAAAAUGUUUUCCCCCAAAAUACUCUGAACUGCAGUGAAAUACGGUAGUCAUUGUUGAUGUAUUAGUUGUCAAAAGGUAUAUAUUUAUUUAAAAAGUAAGUAAUUAGUAAUUGCAGCAGCUCCAGUCAUAAUUAUUAAUCGUUUGCCAAAUAUGUAACCAAAGGACUGAUUAAGUUGGAUAGUUCAUGACUAAUUUACAUUUACUGAAGUUAUGGGGGGGUCUUCAAAUCAGUGGAGAGUAUCUGACAGGGGUAAACCCACCUAUCGCAAUGGUCUCAGAGUAAAAAUAAUCCACGUUUACGCAGCCGAGUCCUCGGCUCACCCUUUUGGUUCAGCACGGUAUGAAUAGUAACUCAUUUUUUCAACAACGCAGUCACAGCAAUUGAAGAGCUCAUCAGAAACCAUGUACAGCUGGUCUUCGACCAGGUACCAACACAGCUCCUGAGAUGUGAGUGCUACCUGUGUAUCAUUGAGAGAACAAUCUAAAUGUGAUUUAAAUGUGUGUGCAGGUGUCAUAAUUGUUUACCACACUGUUGGUCAUUGUAUAAUAGAAACAAUGCAGGGAAGCUGGAGGUAAAGCACUGAACUUUUAUUACUUCGUAAUUUGUAUUGUUCUCUGCCUUAAAUGACCUGAUCUGUCCAUUUAGGUGGAAAGAGAUCAGUGGUGAAUGCAAUUUUUCACUGUUGUGGAAAUAAAAAUGG